AGGUGUUAUAGGAUGGAGGUCCAAGAAACACAUGUUCAGCUCCUUCGCACUAAACAGAGGGUAGGCGUCCCACUGAGGUUCCAUGUGGAUCUUAUGCGUUCAUACUUUGAUCGCCUAAGUCUACUAGGAACACCAAUAAGCGAAAGGAUGGCAGUCUCUAUCUUGCUCAAUUCACUACACAGUGGGUUUGGUCGCUUCAAGCAACUAUACCUAAGUGAACCAAGAGAAGAAACAGUUGCAGAAUUUGUUCACCUUGUCAGAAAGGCUGAAAUAAUACUGGACUGUGAACCCAAAGAUUUACUCAAGGCUAGAAGGAGACCGUUCAAGAAAAGUGGAAAGUCCAAGGGCAAUGCUAAAUCAAAGCAGGACAAGUCCACAUCAAGCUGUCUUUAUUGUGAUGGAAUAGGCCAUUACAAAAGAGAAUGUCCAAAGCUAAAGGAAGAUCAGAAGAACGGAACAGUCGUUCCAUCUUCAGGGACUAAGAAGAAGUAGAAAGUUAAGCAAGGGUGAAGUCGACCUACGAGUGGGAAAUGGAGCACGGAUUGCUGCAUUAGCUGUAGGA